AUGAAUCCUAGCCUCUCCGCCUACACCAACCUCGAGUCGCUGCUGCUGUUCCAGUGCCUCCAUGCCUACGGCGUAGGGCCCGCCGUCUUCGGCAGGAUAUCCGACCUGCUGAAGAAACACCCGGACAUCACCGCCCACAAGUACUUCCAGCCCGGCCGCCUCAGUCCCGAUGCACUGCGCAACUUCUACCUGGAGCGUCUGAAGAGGGAGAUUGAGUAUGAGCAGGGCGCCGACAGCGAUGGCCACCAGAAUGGGGAAGUCGCCAGCUCGGGCAAGAGAAAGAGGCAUAGCCCAAGCCUGCCAACCGUCCAGGAGUCGCUGCAACACCAACACCUGAUACCGAAGCUCGUCACCAAGCUCUACGCGUCGUACCGCUACGAGAUCACGGAGCAGAUCCGACUAGAGGAGGAGCGCUACGAGAGGCUGCAGCGCGAGAUCAAUGGCAUCGAGCGUGGGGAGUGGGACGAUCAGCUGAGAGAGCGGGAGCGGGAGCGGGAGCGGUCGAGCGGUCGCACACCAUCGUCGCAAAGCCCUCAGCUGCCUACUGAGUCGCCACAGUCUGCGCCAAAAGCUUCGCAGCCCACUGCCAGCCCGACGCCUGUUCAGAACGGCUCGCGAGGUGGACCCUCCAUCGCGCCUUCCCCAGAUUCUACCCAACAACAACAACCGGGAUCCGCGCCACCACUUCAGAACGGACAGACCUCACCAUCUCCUCGCAAGAAACACCCUUCUUCUGAUGGACGGCGUACACCUUCCACUCCGCAACCAAAUUCCAACCAGCCGCUAGCACCACAGCGAUUCCAGCAAACACCACAGCCUCAACCAAAUCAUAACGGCGCGCGCCAUCCGAAUGGCCCUCCGUUCCCUCAAAACAUACAACCCCAGCCAGCGAGCCACCCGCAGCAACCGCCGUCGCCAGGUCCCCAAUUGCAGCCCCAGCCAGUCCAGAAUUAUGCGCCGAAUGGAAUACCUCAGUAUGGCCACCCAGGGUCGCAGUUGCCGUAUCUUGGACAACCCCAGCAAUACCCUCUACAGCAAUCCUCAGGGUCUCACUCUCCUGGAUUCCAUCCUGGACAGCAGCAGCAGCAGAAAUCUCAUCAACCUCCUCCCGGACACCAGCCAUAUCCCCCAUUGCAACCUCAGAUGCCUCAGCCACCACCUCAAGCAGGCUUCAUGCUUCCACCGUUCCAGGUUGCACCCCAGGACCCGUCGCGCGUCCACCAUCAAGCCGCCGUGCCCCAGCAGCAUCCUCAGGUAUCUACACCUGUUGGCAACAGACAACUGUCGAGAGCAAGUGUACAAACUCCUGGUACCGGCAAAUCAGGCGCACCGCAGAUGCAUCCUCUUGUUGUCCAGGCGAGACAGUCUGUCUCCACACCGAUCAAUGCACGCUCACCACAGAGCGCUCUAGCGACUCCAGUAUCUGCCAAGAGUCUCUGGAAGCGAUCAAGCUUCACUGGACCGCCUGGCACUCCUGCAAGCCCACGCCCCGAGGUGUUGCCUCUCGACGAUGUCCCCCCUCUUCUUCGACCGAAACAGACACCACCGAAGUCAAAGACGCAGCGCAAGUCGCGAGUAAAGGGCAAGGGGAAAGAGGUAGAACAGGACCCUGCAACAGACACGGAGACACCGCAAAACUCCAAGCAGUCCCACGACCAAGAAGAAGAAUCUUUGCUCGAGCCAGAAUCCCGUUCUGGUCGCUCACGGAGGAAAGCACCAGCGAAACGGACAAGACCUGGUAGCAUUGCAUCCUCUCGAGCAGGUGGCUCUGUGCGAGAUCGGAGUAGAAGCCAGUCCAUUCUCUCACACACAGACACAAUAGCGGCGGACAAUGAAUCGCAAGCCGGUCAUCGGAUCAAGUCAGAGCGCGGAACCUCUGUGGAGCCUGUUGACGAGGAAGGUUCUUUCGAGACACCAUCGCACAUGUCCACGCGCCGACGAGGAGCAGCUCCUACCUCAGCAUCAUUUUCCACGCGCCGAAAACGAAAUGCCCGCGAGGCUUCCCUCGAGGAGACUGAAGAGACGUCCUUUAGCACGCCAGGCCCGCCCAAGACUCUGGUCGCACCACGGAACUUUGCCCGCACGACGGCCCCCAUGAUGUAUGAUAUUAAUUCACAUAAACACGCUUCAACUUUCAAUACAGCAGUGCGCGCAAAAGACGCCGAAGGCUACUACGACAUAAUAAAGCGUCCCACGGAUCUCUCCUCCAUAAAGAAAGCUAUAGCAACAGGCUCAAAGCAAGUUGCGGCUGCCGCGGCAGCGUCCGAUAAUCCCACUGGUAGUCCUGGUGGCGCGACAGGAGGCGUUGUCGAGUUGCCGAUUACGGCAGACAAUGUGCCUCCAAAGGCAAUUGUCAAUGCUGCGCAGCUAGAGAAGGAAUUGAUGCGCAUGUUUGUCAACGCAGUCAUGUUCAAUCCUGGAGAAGAGGGUGUGGUGAGCGAUGCGAGGGAUAUGUUUCAGACUGUCCAAGGUCUAGUCAGUACAUGGAGGGAUGUAGAGAGGGACAGUGGACGCGUCGGAAAUGAAGGGACGCCGUCAGUGGAGGAAGAGGAUCAACCCACGGCGAGCAAGCGAAGGAAGAUAUAG